CUAGUACAUCACGAGAGCACUCAUUUUCCUCCAAAAUGGCACUGUAAUCGGUAGUGUUCACGUCGUGCCAGAACAUCGCCCCCAAAAAAGGACCUUGCUGCGGUUUGUUUCCACCAGUGUAAACGAGGAAAUCGUUUUCCGCCUCCAUCUCGGAACAGAAAAGAUUCACCAGCAUGAACAGCGCAUGAGGCGUACACAAUCAAACUAUCGUAAUCAGUAAAAAUCACUACAAGUCUUCCAAACAAAUAACAACAAGUGAUAAUUAAACCAACUGUGCAAUUGUUUAGUGAAAAAAAAACUUAUUUAAGCGUACUGUAAGAAUUCUAUAAUAAGAAGCUGAUUACGAGGCUGUAUAGGCAAAAUGUCUUUCCUAAACGCAUUGCGUUCAACGCCUCUGCCACCGGUGAAAAAUGUACUGAACGUGGCCCUACAAACCGCCCGUCAGACCAUUCCGUCGAAGAAUAAACAAAACGAUUACGAGCAACCCGGUGGGGAAGACGUUGCCCCGGGUGGUAGCAUGCGGGCACCCCCACAGGUUCCCCCGCGGCCACAAAAUGUCCACUUUGCUGAAUCCGAUGGAGACACUGGUGGGACAACCGAAAUGAACCCGUUGAAUCCGUUCACCAACCCGAAAGCCUACUAUCAGGAGGGAAUGGAUCAAGCGCCCGCUGGUCAGUACCAGGAGACGGGUUUCAAUCAGCCGAGAGAUUUCGAAAAUGGUUACCAAUCUGGCGGUUACCCACGGCAAGGUAGCGUUCAAUCGUUCGGCUCCGACAGUACUUUUGCCGGUGGAGUCGAGGGAGAGGCACCAGGAGGGGCAAAAAUCAAUGAAUAUCAGGCGGCAUGGAAUGUUACAAACGCAAUUCAGGGCAUGUUCAUCGUCUCGCUUCCUUUCGCGGUACUGCGUGGCGGUUACUGGGCCAUCAUUGCUAUGGUUGGCAUAGCACACAUCUGCUGUUACACGGGCAAGAUUCUGGUUCAAUGUCUGUACGAACCGGAUCCGCAAACCGGGGAGCCAACACGUGUUCGCGAUAGCUACGUAGCCAUCGCUAAGGUAUGUUUCGGCAAAAGAGUCGGAGCACGGGUGGUGAGUAUAGCGCAAAUCAUCGAACUUCUAAUGACCUGUAUUCUGUACGUGGUGGUUUGCGGUGAUCUGAUGGCCGGAUCGUUCCCCGAUGGAGCUCUCGAUAGCCGUUCCUGGAUGAUGUUGUGCGGUAUCUUCCUGUUACCAUUGGCAUUUCUCAAGUCGCUCCACCAUGUCUCGUUGCUGUCGUUCUGGUGCACAAUGUCGCAUCUGUUGAUCAAUGCGAUCAUUGUUGGCUACUGUCUGCUGGAGAUCGGCGAUUGGGGCUGGAGUAAGGUCAAGUGGCGAAUGGAUUUUGAGAACUUUCCAAUCUCGCUUGGUGUUAUUGUCUUCUCCUACACGUCGCAGAUCUUUUUACCGACACUGGAAGGAAACAUGGAGGACCGUUCCAAAUUCAACUGGAUGCUCGACUGGUCGCAUAUUGCAGCGGCUGCCUUCAAGGCUCUUUUUGGCUACAUCUGCUUUUUGACAUUUCAAAAUGAUACUCAACAAGUUAUUACGAACAAUUUGCACUCACCUGCCUUCAAGGGUCUGGUAAACUUCUGCUUGGUCAUCAAAGCGGUUCUAAGCUAUCCACUGCCAUAUUUUGCUGCAUGCGAACUUCUGGAGCGUGCAUUCUUCCGUGGAAAACCCAAAACAAUUUUCCCCGUAGUUUGGGAGCUGGACGGUGAUUUGAAGGUUUGGGGCUUGGCCUGGCGAUUAGCUGUAAUCAUUGGUACCAUCAUGAUGGCUUGCUUCAUUCCACACUUUUCGAUUUUAAUGGGUUUCAUCGGAAGCUUCACCGGUACGAUGUUGAGUUUCAUUUGGCCAUGUUACUUUCAUCUCAAACUAAAAGGUCAUCUGCUGGACCAGCGGGAGCGAGCAUACAACUACUUUAUCAUAUUUCUGGGCGUUCUGUUCGGCGUCGUCGGAAUCUAUGACUCCGGCAGCGCUUUGAUCAAAGCGUUCGAAAUUGGUCUUCCAUUCUAAGUAGCUACAAGUAAAACAAGCGCGUUGUAAAAAUUAACAUGUUGUUAACGACCCCCACUGCUUCUCGCGCAUGCUUUUAUUUGUUGACGCAAAUUCAACAGUUAUGUAUAGUUGUUAAUUCUAAAAACAGUGAAUAAACCGCAAACAACUUACGGAUUAGAAUUCCAGUAGACCCAUCGUCCUAGCGGGAAAUGAUCUAUUGUUUUAGUUGAAUAUUAACUAUCGUAUGGAAUUUUAUUGCAAGUAUUUACCAGUAAGACAUAUCCAAAACCAAUUGUAUAUUAUAUUUAGAACUUUAGAAAUUACGCACGGAAUAUUAAUGAUAAGACAGAAAAAUCUUCAAUUCACAAACUGAAGCCAGAUGAUCAAUGUCUUCCCAAGUAUAGCAGAGCAGAAGUCAAUGAAACAGACUCAGUUAAUCCAACUGUCUUCCACAGAUUGUCAAGGAGAUCUUUUCAGUCGAACAAAUUAUAUUCAACAGAAUGAUACGAAUGCUUAUAGCUAGCAAUUGAUGGUUUGAACAAAAUAUAAUGAACAAAAAUGCAAUAAAUUAAACAUCGUUACUAUAGAGAGCGCAAGACAGAAAUCACUUACGCAAACACAAAGAUAAGAAAGUGGAAUCAAUUAAUCGUGUAUUGACAAUAAAUCAAACCGGAACGUAUUUGAAUGAUAAUAAUCAUAUUUAUCAACCUUAUUGUAAUUGAUAGCAAACUGGAAAAAAACACUAGAAACAAACAAGCGCAAAAUCAAACAAAUAAAAGAAAACGGUGUUACAAGUCUACAGUCAUUAGAAGUAUUGGAAUGUUUUCGAUAUUUUGAAUUGACUAUAGUCGUUUGCCAAGACUCAUAUCGAAAAUCAUGUCUUCCAUAAAAAAAACAGUUUGAAACUUUAAAAAGCAUACUAUAAUCCACCGUCUUCCAGAUCUAGAGAGAUAAGAACAUUAUUAAGUUAUUGUGAGGCAUUUUUAAGUAAUGUAUAUUAUAACUAAUUUAUUGCGAUUGAUUUCAGCUUCACUGUGUUAUAUUCGAGCGCAAAUCGUUACGAGAAGCCCAUGAACUUAUUAUAUUACUGUAUUCAAAAGUAAAAUUAUAGGUGUCCAAAUAAAUAUAGUUAGUUGACUCCA